AGGAUGAAUGCUAAUUUCCAAAAUGGCGGCGGAGGGAGGAGGGAAGGAGAUGAACGAAAUCAAAACUCAAUUCACCACUCGUGAAGGCGUCUAUAAACUCCUCACUCACUCCGAAUAUAGCCGUCCCAAUAGGGUGCCUUUUAAUUCCCAGGGCUCUAACCCGGUCAAGGUCUCAUUCGUCAACGUCAACGACCAGUCAGGCAACGGCGACAGAAUCUGUUUCAAUGUGGGCCGGGAGCUGUACUUUUAUAUCUACAAAGGCGUCAGAAAGGCGGCUGAUCUGAGCAAACCGAUAGACAAGAGGAUAUACAAGGGAACACAGCCGACAUGUCAUGACUUCAACCACCUGACAGCGACGGCCGAGAGUGUCUCUCUGCUGGUGGGCUUCACGGCCGGCCAGGUGCAGCUCAUCGACCCCAUCAAGAAGGAGACCAGCAAGCUGUUCAACGAGGAAAGGCUGAUCGAUAAGUCCCGGGUGACGUGCGUGAGGUGGCUGCCGGCCUCGGAGAAUCUCUUCCUGGUCGCCCAUUCCAGCGGCAGCAUGUACCUCUACAACGUGGAGCACGCCUGCGGCACGGCGGCGCCACACUACCAGCAGCUGAAGCAGGGCGACGGCUACGCCGUGCACACCUGCAAGAGCAAGUCCACGCGCAACCCGCUGCUGCGCUGGACGGUGGGCGAGGGCGCGCUCAACGAGUUCGCCUUCUCGCCCGACGGCAAGUUCCUGGCCUGCGUCAGCCAGGACGGCUUCCUGCGCGUCUUCAGUUUCGACGCCGUCGAGCUGCACGGCACCAUGAAGAGCUACUUCGGGGGCCUGCUGUGCGUGUGCUGGAGUCCCGACGGCAAGUACAUCGUGGCGGGGGGGGAGGACGACCUGGUCACCGUCUGGUCGUUCGCCGACUGCCGAGUCAUCGCCAGGGGCCACGGCCACAAGUCCUGGGUCAGCGUGGUGUCGUUUGACCAUUACACCACCAGCAUAGAGGAGAGCGAGCCUAUGGAGUUCAGCGGCAGCGACGAAGACAUCCAGGACCAGAUCCACUUUGGCCGAGAUCGGGCCAACAGCACGCAAUCACGGCUGUCCAAGCGGAACUCUACAGACAGCAGGCCCGUCAGUGUGACAUACCGGUUCGGCUCAGUAGGCCAGGACACUCAGCUAUGCUUGUGGGACCUGACGGAGGACAUCCUGUUCCCUCACCUUCCACUGUCGCGGACCAGGACGCACACCAACGUCAUGGGCGGCAGCAGCCCGCGCAUAGGUGUGCCAAAUGCCCUCAUUAGCACCAACCCGGGCACCAAUGGCAACAACGGGGUGACCCUCCCAGGCAACUCGCUCCCAGCACCGUUACCGCGCUCCAACAGCCUGCCGCACUCGGCAGCAAAUGCAGCGGGCGGCAAGGGCAGCAUGCUGGCGGACGGCGCCGUGGCCUCAGGGGUCGGCAAGUUCGCCACGCUGUCGCUGCACGAGCGCAAGGAGCGGCACCACGACAAGGAGCACAAGCGCAACCACAGCAUGGGGCACAUCAGCAGCAAGAGCAGCGACAAGCUCAACCUGCUGCCCAAAACCAAAGCGGACCCCGCCAAGACCCUGGGCACCACGCUGUGUCCCUGCAUGGAGGACGUGCCCCUCUUAGAGCCUCUUAUCUGUAAAAAGAUCGCACACGAAAGACUCACGGUCUUGAUAUUUCUGGAGGACUGUCUGGUCACAGCCUGCCAGGAGGGCUUUAUUUGCACCUGGGCACGGCCGGGUAAAGGGGGCUUAUUGUCAUCCCAAAACCAGGCCAGCUCUCCCAGUGGGACGGUAGUAUAGCCAUCAUAGCUUUUUUUUCUAUUUCCUUUCUUUUCUUUUGCUGCUAAGAAACCUAAUUUUCCAACCUCACCAGAGCUUGGUCUUCACCUUCAGCACUGCACAGCUUCCUGUUAUUUUCCCCAUUUUUCUCUCCUUUGUUUUGUUGGGUGUUUCUAACAUAUAUGAUCUAUAAACAAAAUACUGGAAUGGUGAAGUGCAAUAGUAUGCAGUGGCUGUAAUGGACUGGGCGGCGGGGGCUGGGGAGGGAGACCCCCUGUCCAUUCAUGCUUCUCUGCUCCCUGCUGACAUUCUCUCCCCAGUUUUUUUUUUCCUUUUUUACAAUUUCUGAACGAGGUAUAGUCUUAUUGAACCUGCUUAGUAAAGGGAGACUGAAGAACUGUUUGCUUCCAUAUGUAAACCUUAAUGGUUUGAACCAUUUCUCAAUGAAUUUAGGACCUCAGAGUUGAGUAUUUUUGCACUGAUAUCUUUUGGUUUGCUGUUUUUCUUUUAUAUAACAGAGGAACAAAAUCUAGAUGCUCUUGGGCCAUUGACAUUACAUCAUUUCCAUCUGGCUUCAACCUGUGAAUCUAAAAGCUGGAUGCGACUCUGCACACACUAAUUAUAAUAUAGUGUGUGAAUGUGUGUGUAUGUAUGAGAUUGUUUGCACUUAGUAGAAUGGCUUUACGAUUUCUUGGGGUGAUUUCCCAGACAGGUCUGAGGUGAAAUGAUAGUUCAAACCUUUGUAUCUAUGGAACAUUUAUUUUAAAUUUGUCAAAUUAAUUUGACUCUGUAUUGUAUGUGAAAAUAUUGUAUUUCAGUGAUUGGAGGGGAAUGGUCGUUACCCCAGUGGAAAUUCAUCACCAUUUAAAGAAAUAGUUUCUAAUUCAGAAAGAAAUAUAUAUACAUAUUAAUAAUAUUAAAACUCUUGAAUAUGCAGGUUUUUUUUUCUUUUUGGUUGUACAAAAGAUUAUUCAGAUGUAUUUUUCUUAAUGAAAUGUUGGUACAGGAGAGACCUUUGUAUCAAAUGCUCAUAUCUCCGUAAUGAAGCUCUAAUGCUUACUGUUACACAUUCACUCAGAAGCUCAGGAAGUCUAAGGCAGACUGAACAAUAUAAGAAACAAUUAAGAUUUUGCUUAACAUCAGCAAUGCUAUUCUGUGUAACUUAAGUAGCAUCCUCUAGGAACACCUAGUUUCAGGGUUCACCAAUGGGAGCUGUCCCGCGUGACACCAUUAAAGCUCUUUUACUCUA